AUGCAGGCGGCGCUGCGGCAGCAUCUCGGCGGGGCGCGGUGGGCGCUCCGCGUUUCCGAGGCGGCUCUGCGGCCUCGCUGCGUCGGGCCGGCUUCUCCCCCGGCCCCGCGCUGUUGGAGCUGCGGCGGCGCCCUCCCCAGCGCCGAGGGACUGCCUCACUUCUGCCCCGGCUGCCGGGCCCUGCAGCCGCCGGGGCCUCGUCCUGACCUCUUCCGCCUCAUGGACUGUGACCGCUCCUUCCGCCUCGACGUGCAGCGGCUGCAGCGGCGCUUUCGGAGCCUGCAGCGCGCCCUUCACCCUGACCGCUUCGGCCAGAGGCCGCCGAAAGAACAGCACUACUCAGAGCAACACUCUUCCUUGGUUAACAAGGCCUAUCAAACCCUCCUGAAUCCUCUCAGCCGCGGCCUCUAUCUGCUGGAGCUGAAUGGAGUAGAACCAGCACAAGAGACAGACUGUGAUGCAGAUUCAGAGUUUCUCAUGGAAAUAAUGGAAAUCAAUGAGAAAUUAGCAGAGUCUAAAAAUGAGGAUAUCCUUGAAGAAACUGAAACUUUAAUUAAAGUAAAACGAGAAGAAUUGACCAAAGAGGUGACCGCAGCUUUUGAAAGAGAUGAUCUUCAAGAAGCUAAGAAGCUUCUAGCCAAAAUGAAAUAUUUUGCAAACUUAGAGGAUAAACUAAAGAACAAGAAGAUGCCUUCCUGAUACUGCCUCCUUUACCAUUAAGAGUUAAUGUUAUUUUCAAUUAAACAUCUGAUUUAGUAACCAAAAAUCAGAAAAAUGGUGUUUGCCUCCUACAUUUUUCUUAAAAGUUUUAAUUCUGAGAGAAGGAAGACAGAAGAAAUUCAGUGCUUACUGUAGCACUUAUUUAAGUAAAGAUGGAAGCAGGAAAUGUUUACAGCCAGAAAAGCUGUAAUUGAGUAAGUUAACACUACUGUCCUAGCAGAGUUACAGGUAUAGAAAUGAUUUUCAGAGAGACACACAUAAACACAGUAUGCAAUUAAGACUUCUUUUGAUUAUUAAAAUGUGAAGAGUUUAUUUUAAGUUGAGGAAAAGUCCUUCACGAAAUAACGAAGAUUAAACAGAAAGCUCAUUCAGCAGGCCCGUCAAACUCUUUUCUUAGUCUCAUUGUGUAUGUUCUAUCCAACCAUCUUGGAAAAAAAUCUUCAAAGGUGGAAAAAAAAAUAUAUAUAUAUAUAUUUAAAUCAUCUGUCCUCUUUUCUACUUUGUGCUUUUUGUGUUGUUGAACUUAAUCUGCCAGGAAAUGACCUUCAAAAAUUAGAAGAGGUUUUACCCUGUUGCACAGCUUAAAAUGUUAAAUUUUCCCCCUAUGCUGGGGGGGAACGACAAAAAACCCACUCAAGUGCCAGAAACUUUUAUUAUUACCCUUUAAGAAACAAACCUUUGUAAUAAACAUCAUUACUACUUAAGAUAAUAUAAGAAAAAUUCACAUAGGUGCUGUCCUGCCUUUACUUCUUUGAUAUAGAAUGCCUGUGUCUUUUUACGCUUACAGCAAUAGGACUAGAGGAGGAAUCUCCUUAAAUCUUUCAAAGAAAAUAUUUAAAUGAAAAACAGCAACUAAAUACCUCAAGUUAAUAAAUUGACUAGAAUUCUUCAAAUAUCGGUUUCACGGAAGUUCAUGUUUGGGUUUUAAUGCCUCAGAAUACUAGGUAUGCUUUAUUCAGUAAAGCAUUAACAUAUGCUUGAUAACUGAAUCUGAAGAGGGGUAUUAGAAAUAAAAGAAGAGCUACUGAUUUGUAUUGCCUGUCUGACAAAGUCUGCUGGAGGCAGGAGGAGUGGAAUUCAUUUAUUAACCUCCACCAGCAUUUCUUACAACACCAAGUUGUAACUAAACAUUGACUCUUCGUAUAUAAUGUUUUAAUAGCACUUCAUCAGUAUCUGUUUUUACAGCAUUUCAGAAGAUUUACUUGCCUUUUAAUUAAGCUUCCUCUAAAUAUACAGGAGGAAGUAAUAAACUACUUGUUCAUCGCACUACAUCGCUAAUUUAGAGGACAGCAUUCAUAAUUCUCAUCAAAGUAGUUUUAUAACAGCUGUGGAAUUACACAGAUUUAAAAUUCAUCAUGGAGUUGUCUUCUUUCAUAAAGUUCUGUUUCCUUUUCUUUGUUUUUUCCUCCAAAAUUAAGCUUGUGAAAUUCCUUUUUGAUUUCCAGAAAAGACUUGUUUUUUGUCUCAGGAAUUACGAGGAAGAUGAAAGCAGCAACUAAGGAGCACUCCAGUAAGAACACCAGAAAACAAUACUGCUUCAGUCCUUUCUGAAAAUAAAUCGUAUUUAUUUGAUUGCAACAUAUUUCAAGUAUGACGGGGGGGGCUGGAAAACAAAAUGCUUUGUUUCCAUUAUUCCCUUACACUGUUUAAACACGCAUGUGUUAAUGCAUGCACAGGAUUAGUGUGAAAUAACAUUAUUUUUAAUAAAAUCAAACCAUACAUGAUAUGAAUCGUGUAUAAUGUAAUGGCAAGUCAGCAUUUGCUAAAAUAAAAAAAUUCAUGAAUU